CCAAAACCAAAGCAAACAAGAGCUCUUCGUAACGCUCACAAUCACAGAGAGAAAAACUCAAUUCCAAAACCUUCUCUCUUUCUCUCUCUAGAUUCUCUCUCUUCAUCUUUCAAUGGCAGGAACAAUGAAAAAAGUUGACAAGAUUCGCCAAAUCGUUCGCUUGAAACAGCUCAUGACACGGUGGAAACACCUCAGUCUCCGUCGCCAUUCUCUCCGUCCAGAGCCAGAAGAGCCCUGCGUCACUCCCCGACGACAACCGCCGUCCGGCUUCCUCUUCGUCUACGUCGGAUCGGAACGGCACCGUUUCGCCAUCCCCGCUCGGUUUCUCAACUUCCCCGUUUUCGCCGGUCUUCUCGAUGUGACUGAAGAGGAGUUCGGGCUACGAGGUAACGGCGGCUUGGUUCUUCCGUGCAACGUGGAGUUUUUCACGGAAAUCGUUAAGCGGCUUCAUAGGAACGAACAGAAGUAUGGGAAACUGACUCUGGAGGAGUUUGUUACAUUGUUUGCUGACGUGGCGGUUGAGGGUUGUAAGGAGAUGGAAAACGUCGUCGUUUUGAGUCCGUUGUUGCAAAACGGUUUGGUUUAGAAGUAUCUGGAUUUGUAAAUGAAGAUGGAAGCAGAAGAAGAAUCAGAAGCAGAGAAAGUUUAUUGUUUUUUCUUUUUUAUUUCUCUUUUUUUUUUUAAUUAGUUUUUAGUUCUAAUCGUCCUUGAAUCCAUUUACUUAAAAUUUCAGUUAUGGAUUUCAAUGAGAUGUUGAACUUUUUCUUAGGGUUUGUUGGGUUGUUUUUAUUGAUAUCCAAUCUUAUUUUGUCCAUUAAAAAUGAUCGAAUUUUUAUGAUCAAUGAGAAAUUGUGUUA